AUGUAUAAACUCAAGUUGCAUCACGGCAGGGGUAACUUAACAACAGAAACUAUGAUUACAACAUGAUUGUGUAUCAUGGAUGAUGAUAAUAAGAGCAAUCACAUUGAUCAGGAUUAUACCAUUUGAAAACUACACUCCCUUACCUACUUUAGACUUCAAGGCUAGCCAGCCACACUGGCUGUAAGUCAAAUCUCCAGAUCGAUAGAGUGGAUCACUUAACAGGCAGCUGCAGAAGAUGGUUCCUUUGGGAAUUCUUGCCAGGAAGAACUUCCAAUAAUCUCCUCCUGGGCUCCAGUAUCUCUAAACAAUUCUGAUCCCCUGGUAAAACAGACAGAGAGGAUCAGUCAGUCCAGGGCUCGGUUUUGUCAAAUACAUCUGAAUUAUUUUGUUCUUGUAAUAUCAAGAUAAUAUUCACUAUAAAUGUGAACAAAACAUUGAAAUCCUCUCUAAUACCUGAUUAUCUAAUGAUAGAUAUUCUGAGACGUAACUUUUUGACACCUGUAGUGGUUUACCUUGAACUAAAUAUGCUCUUAUUGUUUUUUCUUCUUGGUUUUGAUUAGGGGCCGGACGAAGGCUGAAGGGACCAGAGCAUGACACAGUGGAUGAUUCAGUGAGUGGAUCUACUGAUAUGAAAAACCUAUUGCUUGCAUGUGUGGACAUCAUGUAAAUACUAAAGACUAUGGGAAAGGGAUUAAUUUAAAUGUUAAAUUAAUCCCCAUAUAGCAACAAAAUGAACUUACUUUUUAUAACUAUACAUAUUUCUGUUCCAGAUAUGUGAAGAGCCAUCUGAAUUUAUAGAGGGGGAGAGACCUCGCCCACAAGGAUCCUCCCCUGUAGAUGAAUACCCUGAAACAGACAAAUACACUGACAUUGAUAAACAGGUACAAUACUUUAUAUUUCAUCCAACCAUGUUGACUUGUAGUUAGAAUUUUGUCAGACCGUCUGAUUUCUUUAACAUUCAUUUUAGGGUGGAGGUGGGAGUGGCAAGAAAGGAAAGAGGGGUUUUGGGUCCCUGUUUGAAAAGCGCUCCCCUGCCAAGAUGAGUAAACUGGAGGUCAGAUAUGUCUGCAUUAUCUUGAACUCAUGCAGAAGCAUUGCUUCAGGUUGUCAUUGGUGGUACAUAACAUUUGGUGGUACAUAACAUUUGGUGGUACAUAACAUUUUUACCUUUUUUUCUUUAUUUCUUUUUUCCUGUAAACUCAGAGACCAGAGUCGGGAGUGAUUGUAAAAAUGGCAAAAGAGACAUGUGCUGAGGGUCUUGUUUUGAGCGGAGGAGGGAAAGAGGGAAUCUUCAUCAAGGAAGUGAGGCCAGAGUCACCAGCCUCAAAGCUUCUUAGUGUGCAUGAGGGUAAGCAGACAACUAGCUCAUUCCAUGCUCUUUCAGAAGCUGCAAAAAAAGAAAAAAGCCUUUAGAGUCUAUAGUCAAGAGUCUAUAGUAUAGACAAAAAAAAUAAUCUGAAAGAAAUGGACAUAAUGGUGAAAUGUGGAGUGAAAUGGGUGAAAUGUGGAGCCAAGAUUGUUUUUGCUAUCCAGGGUAAGAGACUCUUUGAUAUGAUACAAUAUGCUAGUUCUACAGUUCAAAUGGUGAUUAUUUUGGACUUUCUAUGUCUUCCUUCUGUUCAUUCAGGUGAUCAGAUACUCAGUGCCACAGUGUAUUUUGACGAUGUUAAAUAUGAAGAUGCCCUUCAGAUAUUGGAACAUGCCCAGCCUUACAAGAUGGAGUUACUUCUGAAACGCAAACCAAUAAAGACAUCCACCCUUGAGAGUGAACCAGCCCUUGAAUUCACCCAAGUAACUAUCACUAUGUUAUUUUUCUGGAUCUGUAGAUUAGUGUUAUGGCUUUGGCUCUUUUUCUCAUAAAGCAAUCAAUCAACAUUUCACUUUUUUUUAUCCUACAGGUGGAAGAAGGUUCCUCUCUGGAAAUGAGGGGACAUUCAAAGCCAAAAAGGCACGGUGACCGAAUCUCUUGGCCCAAGUUCCCCUCCUUCAGCAAAAGUCGAAAGUCCCAUUUUAAGAGGUCUCACAGUACCUCAGAUGCAGAUGAUCAGAGGAAGCUGGAGUUGAGCCCAACAACAAGUGACACAGAGUCGCCAAUCAAAUCUCAGGAGGCUGUCAAGGGCAGGACAAAGAAGCAUAAGAUAAAGUUAUCAAGUGUAAAGAUGAAGGGCCGCAAGAGCAGGUCUGUUGAACAGCCUGACCAGGACACAGACAUACUAACUGUAGAAUGUGUGCAAGUUAUGGAAAUCCAACAGAGUCAAGAUGACAUAUACUCACCGGAUGGUCUAGAGAGCACAUCAGGAGAAACACCUCAAGUAUAUGUGUUAGAAUCAGAAUCAGAAAAAAUGGAAUCCACCAAGAUAAAAAAUGAAUGCACUCUUCCAGACCUGACAGGCUCGGAAACCAAAAAGCACAAGGUAGAACUCAUCAGAUUGGACAAAACUUUGAAAACCACAGAUUUAACAGUUGCUUUUGCUGAUCAAGAAAGUCCCUCAACCAAGAAAUCUCCAGAGGGAAAGAAAAUGAAGAAAGAGAAUAAAGAGAGGUCAGAACUAAAGUUUAGAUUCAAGGGAAAUGAGAAAAAAGACAAACACAAGCAAGACAUACCUGUAAAAUCAUCCCCAAAAAGCACGAAGACACCAGGAGCAUUUAUCAUAACAUCUGAUCUGUCUGCACAUGACAAUACAUUGCUGAGUCCAACUGUAGUAUCACAUACUAAGCUGAAGGAGCGUCAACUCCCAAUUGACAUCAACACUCGAUUAAUCUGCAAUGAGAGCUCAGGGAAAACCCUACCCUCCACUGAUAUGGAAAUGAGCAUCCCAAAAGUAGCUAUCUCCCUUGACAUGUCAGAUAUAGGACUUAUCAGGAAAUCCCCUCAGAUUGGACAAGAACAAGACUUGAAAGAAACAUAUGUUAAAACAAAUUUGAAUGCACAGGAAAUGCUUGCUAAGGUCACCAGUUUUACAAUGGAACCUGACUUGCAGAUGGAAAUACAGGCUUUAAAGUUACCUACAGAGACAAGCAUUGAUGACGUUUUAGUACAAAUUGGUACAAGGACUGCUACCAAGUUCAAACUGCCAAGGAUGGACCAUGCUGACUUUGUUACUGACAAACCUAUAAAAAUGACAGACGUGAAGAUUGUAGAAAUGGAUGUGAAAAGCCUUACAGUUGAGGAUAAGGGGUUUAAGAUACUUCCAAACCGUGAUGAUAUUGAGAUCCCAGGCAUGGAAGAUGCAUCGUCAACUGGCACCAAAACCCCAGUGAUCAAACAGCCUAAAACAGCAUUCACUCUUCCUGUUGAAGAAAUUCAGGCGCAGACUGUUCAGAUGGUUAUAGACGUUGACAGAGUUAAAGAGGCUGUCUCCAAAUUGCCAGGGUUCAAGCUGCCGAAGGGUGACAUUGCAGGACUGCCUGCUCAUCAAGAAAUCACAAAGACAUAUGUGAAUGCAGAAAGAGUAAAUGUGACAGUAGAUGCCACCCUAUCUAAAAUCACAGACAUAAAGGCACAGUUGGACACGUACGUCAAAAAGACUGACAUAAAUGCUUCAACUGAAAAGUUGAGCAUGAGCUCAGUUACCACAAUCAAAUUGCCAAAGAACCAACUUUCUGAUCUAGGUGCUCAUGAACCUAUUACUAUGACAGAAAUAGACCAUACAAAAACAAAAGAGGAAGCUGGAAGGACCAAUGAGGUUGAAAUCAAAAUUGAACUCCAUAAACGAGAGGACGUAGAGAUACCUGGAAUGGAAACGAUUCAACAAAAAGGAUCUCCCAACCAAGUGGAAAAUAAAAAAGAGACUGGUAAAAUUCUGGAGCCUAAGUUGGCAGGACCAGUACCUGAGUGGCCAACCAUCACAGCUGAGGAGAAAAGUGUUAUUCCUUACACUAAAGGAUUAGAUAAGAAGUCAAAGAAAGCAAAGACGUCAAUGCCUGGGUUUGGAAAAACACAACUGGAUAUUAGAUUGCAAGACAUUGGGAUUGGACUACCAAAAAGAGACACCUCUGCGCAAAAGGAGGAUGAGGUCAAAGAUGAAAGCACUGCAUUGCACCUUGAGAUGAAAAUGCCAGAAGCUGAAAUCAAACUCAGCAAGGAACCAGAUUCUGAAUAUUCCAUUAUCAAAGUCAAAACUCCUGAGACAGACCUUCAAACAUCUACAAUAGGAACUUUAACUUCAGGAAAAAUGGCAGAGGUACCAUCAGUUGACAUUAAAGGAGCAGGUAUGGACAUUGAUGUCCAAGCUGUUGAUGUCGGGAGAUUCAAAAUGCCAACAUUAAAAUUCCCUAAAUUUGAAGCAGCUUCUCCAAAUGUCACAUUAGAGGUACCUUAUGUGGAAAAGGACAUCAAGGUUCAUGGAACUGAAAUACCUGAACCCAAGCUGACAAUAUCAGCAAUUAACAUUGAAAAGCCAAGCGUUGACCUUACAGGUCCAUCUGUAGACGUGUAUGUCAAUAGUAAAAAACGCGAAAUUGUCACUUUACCAGAAGUCAAAGUGGAGGUCCAACCAACAAGCGUUGAACUCAAAGUGCCUUCUGGUGAAUUUGAAAUACCUGAGGAAGCUGCUACUGAAGUUGAUUUAAAAAUGAAAAAGCCACGGCUGUCAUUUGGAUGGUUUUCAAAACCAGAAGCAAAAGCACCCGAGGUUGAUGUCAGUCUUACAAAGGUGGAUAUUUUGCUUCCAGAAGGAAAGGUGGAGGUCAAAGAGCCAGAUGUGGAAAUUAAAGCUCCAGAAGUUCAAAUUGGAAUAAAACAUGAUAUUGAGCUUGAGGGACAAGGAAGGACUUUUAAAUUAACAACAUUUGGACUCUCAUUGCCGAAAGUUAAAGGUCCUGAAAUUGGCUUAAGUCUGUCAAAGACAGAUGUAGAUGUCGACUUACCAGAGGGAAGAGCAGACCUCCAACUACCUGAUGUGGAAGUCGGAGUGGCCUCUGUCGAAGUUGAAAUACCAGAAUCAGGAUCUAAAGAUAUUGAUGUGAAAAUGAAAAAAGCCACGAAUGUCAUUCCCCAAAUUUGGAUUUUCAAAACCAGAAGCGAAAGCACCUGA